AUGCCAGAAACCAAUUCCCCGUCGAGCUUCCAUGCUCCUCAUGUCACUUUGCUCCGAAAGCUUGGAGCCGAGUUUGUGGGGAGCUUCAUCCUGAUAUUUUCAGCAGCAGCAGCCCCUAUUGUGAACCAAAAGUAUCAAGGUUCGGAGACGCUGCUAGGCAAUGCGGCAUGCGCAGGCCUAGCAGUGAUGGCAGUGAUUUUGUCCACAGGCCACAUCUCCGGAGCACACCUAAACCCGUCUGUCACCAUUGCUUUUGCAACGUUUCGACACUUCCCAUGGACCCAAGUUCCCCUCUACAUAAUAGCACAGGUUUCAGCAUCCAUCUCUGCAAGUUUCGCUCUGAAGGGUGUUUUUCAUCCAUUCAUGUCUGGUGGAGUAACGGUUCCUUCUGUUAGCCAUUGCCAAGCUUUUGCACUCGAGUUCAUUGUCACUUUCAUUCUCAUGUUCACUGUCACUUCCGUUGCCACUGAUACUCGUGCGGUGGGGGAGUUGGCAGGUGUAGCAAUUGGAGCGACAGUUUUGCUCAACAUUCUUGUGGCAGGACCAACAACGGGCGGCUCAAUGAACCCUAUCCGGACUUUGGGUCCGGCUGUGGCUGCCGGAAACUAUAAGGGAUUGUGGAUCUAUUUGGUUGCACCCACACUUGGUGCCUUAGCUGGUGCUGCUACGUACACAGCUGUGAAGCUCCCACACAACCAGAUUCGUGACAAGGCUGAUGGCGGCACUCCCUUGCCGCAAUUCUACUCAGACGGAUCUCCUUCCAUCGAACAGGGUCGCGCAAUAGGACCUCGUCGGACCUAAAAUGCAGAAGAGUUGCUGAAGAACAGAAAGCACUAUGUGCUAUCUUGUUUUGUUCAAUAGCAUUUGCUGUCAUUUUUGGUCAGUAGUACCUUUUCAUACAAGGUUAAACUCUGUUAUCAGAAACAAUAUUAUUACAUUUUGUCAAAAUCUAUCAAAUCCCAAAUAAACAAAAAGAUUCAGAAUA